GAACAUGUCGGAGGCAGUUCCUGUUGCCGCGCCUGCUGCUGCCCCGGUUCCCGCCGCCAAAGCUACGGCCAAGAAACCGAAAAAGGGGGUGGGAGGCUCCAGAGCCCGGAAAGCCGCGGGCCCCAGCGUCACCGAGCUGAUCACCAAGGCUGUGUCCGCCUCCAAGGAGCGCAAGGGGCUCUCCCUCGCCGCGCUCAAGAAGGCGUUGGCUGGCGGUGGCUACGAUGUGGAGAAGAACAACAGCCGCAUCAAGCUGGGGCUCAAGAGCCUCGUUAGCAAAGGUACCCUGGUGCAGACCAAGGGCAUUGGUGCAUCUGGUUCUUUCCGUCUCAGCAAGAAGCCGGGAGAAGUGAAAGAAAAAGCCCCCAAAAAGAGGGCAGCUGUGGCCAGACCCAAGAAACCGGCAGCCAAGAAAUCUGCUAGCGCCACUAGGAAGCCCAAGAAAGCUGUGACAGCGAAGAAGAGCCCCAAGAAAGUGAGGAAGCCGGCGGCCAAGAAGGCAGCCAAGAGCCCCAAAAAGGCGACUAAAGUUUCCAAGCCCAAGAAGGUGGUGACAGCAGCUAAGACUCCAGCCAAGGCAAGAACACUGAAGCCCAAAGCAGCCAAGCCCAAGCCGACUAAGCCUAAAGCAGCUAAGUCGAAAAGGGCAGCGCUCAAAAAGAAGUAAGCCCCUGUGGAAGAAAAGUCUUUCCCCCUACUUAAAUCCAACGGCUCUUUUAAGAGCCACCCACCUUUUCUCAAAAAGGGCUGAAAUGAGGUAGUUUUAUGUCGGAGGAGGGCUGUUGGACUGUUGGUGGUUCCACUCCGGAGGUGAGGGAACGGAGCAGAGACAUGAUUACCGGGCUGCCUUAUCCCUUCCGUUUACCUGGGAAGGGAAUAUGCGCGCUGGUGGCUUCGGAAAGCCCGCACGGUGCGGGGAUUGGCUGAAACGGGACAGCUGACUGGCACCCGGAACCCCACCCCAGCUUCUGAUCUAGAAUUGGGGUGGGAACGUGGCGUAGUAAUGCUGUAAGGUUCUACGGUGCCUCGAGGUUCCGUCCUCACCACGGAAGCGUUAACUCAGCUUCAGCCAAAGGCUUGAAAAAAGUCCUGUAC